GUCUAACAAACAGCUACCAAGUUUCCAAAAAAACAUUCAUAAACAUGUAUUCACUAAAAGUAUUCGUGAUUGCUGCUAUCAUUAUUGGGGCUACUGCUAGAAGUGUGCCCAAGGAAAGACUAGGAUCCUAUGUGCUCGUUGAAGAAGACGGUGAUAUGUUAGUAUACGCUUUGGCAGAGGAUUCUGAAGCUACAACAGAAGAAGUACAUCCACAAAGAGUAAGAAGACAAGCACACGGUAGCCUUAGCUCUAACCCUGAUGGAAGUUCUAACUUCGCUGCUAAGAUACCAAUAGCAAGAGGUGACAGCAAUGUUUUAAGUGCUAUCGGUUCAGUCAACGGAGCGAAUGGCAAGGGAGGAUUCGGCUCAGCUGGAGGCGGUUUGGCUUGGGACAAUAUUAAGGGCCAUGGAGCAACGUUAACCGCGAGCCGUAUCCCCGGCGUUGCAGACCAGCUGACCGCUGCCGGCAAAGCUAAUCUAUUCCACAACGACCACCACGAUAUCACCGCCAAUGCCUUCGCCACAAGAACUUUCCCUGACAAACCCAACUUCCCCACCUUUGAUACUUAUGGCGGCAAAGUUGGAUACACAUUCAACGACAAAAUUGGAGCUUCCCUGGGCGCGGCGCACACGGACCUGUUCAAGAAGACCGACUACUCGGCGAUGGGCAACCUGAAUCUGUUCAAAGACCGCACCUCUUCUCUGGAUCUGAACGCGGGCUGGAGCAAAUCUGUCUCCCCUUACUUGCCCAGUAGCAGAUGGGAGCCCAGUGGCGGACUUUCCUUCACCAGAUUCUUUUAAGAUGUCCAAUUUAGGUUAAUUUAAUUAUUUAUAAUAAACAUAUUAUACACUUCA